AUGAACUAUCAGGUCCCCGAAGACAUCGUUGCUCUCGUCCUGGAGGAGUUCAAGCUACCAACAGCAGAAGAGAUCGCCGAACGCCGUCAAUGGAGCGAAGAGUCGGCCGACCAGCACACUGUCGAGGUCAAGGCGCUGUUAAAGACUCUAGCGAGCUCGGCACUGGUCUCGAAGGCGCUCAACCGUAUCGUCGAACCACUUCUAUACAGCCAAUCUCCAGGCCAGAGCCUUGCCGAUCCUCGCCAAUUCGCUACAGCUCUUAUCUCCCGACCAGGCCGCGCCGAAGGAGUAGCACAUCUCGUGAUAGAGACACAUCAACGCCUACUGCCGACUUGGGCACAAAAGUCGAGUCGCCACCGACGAUCAGGUCACCACCGACGACCACCUAUCGCACCAGCGAGGUCAACAAACGAUCUAUACACCGCAAAGCUGCCACAACUCAUCGAUAUCGUACGGCAAGCACUGCCGAUACAUGGAAAAACUCCCUCUCGGGCCUUCAAUGGCCCCAUCUGCAGAAUCAUCACCACCCACCUCCACCCAGAUCGGUGCCCCGAGGACGCACUUCUCUCUCUCCUUUUCAUCAUGUGCUGGAACAUCAAGACGCUGGACAUCUACUGCGGCGAAGACUUCCACCAGAGCCUGCUGUGCGAUACCAUGCUCGUUGCACCACUUUACCACGAGGCAUAUCACUCUCUUACAAGCAUACACAUCCGAGCAGAAGAAAUGGGCAGACAUCACGAGUCGCACAAAGUCGUCCCAAUCCUAGCUAUGCACAAGACACUGGCUCUACCAAACGUUACUCACCUCACGGCAACUCGCGUUGGAGCGCGCGGUCAUCCCAUGGCGUUUCCACCUACCAUUCCCAACACGACAAGGCCAAAUGACGUUCCAGUAGCACAGUGGCGAAAGCCCUGUGAAAAGCUACACAACAUCACGCAUGUUCACUUCCGCGCGUGCUGCGAGUUUGACAUCGUUGCUAUGUUCUCGUUGCUGGAUGCAUGCUCGGGGCUGGAGAGGUUGGAAAUUACACCGCGGCUCGACAUUGACUACAGUGAUGAUCCGAUUUGGCAGAUGGUGUUGGAGCAUGUGAGUGGGAGGCUCCAGUACUGUGGACAUAAUCGCGGCAUGGUAUCUGUGGAGGAGUAG